AUGACGAGUGCAUCGGAGGCACGGAGCAUAAAAAUGCAUGAGCCGCAGCUGGAUAUAAAACCACACCACACUAUACUACAGCAGACAGAUGUGAACUGGUUUGCUAAGGGCGGUAACCCUUUCGGUUUGGUCAGCUGGCUUCAACCCUUCGCUACAACCGGUCAUCAUGGCUCUCCUAACGCCCUCUUUGUCCGUAACAGAAGGCAACCUAAGAUAUUCUGGAGGAAGAGGGGAGGCUAUCCUGAAAUUCGGCCGUUGGCAGAACUGAAAGGAGUCGAAGAAUGCUGUGUAAUGAGCUCAUUGCUUUUUCAUCUUCCCCUCGGGCCUGCUCCAGGUUCCUCCUUCUUGGAAACACUUUCCCGGCUGAAUACACCUUUUACGGGUUUUUACUGA